AUGAAUCCGUCGACUUCUUCUGGAUCGUCUCUCUGCGGGAAACAACUGAGUCUCCGUCGAAGUCUCUCGACGCCGUCGCUGUGCGGAGGAGGAGCCACGGUGGCGGAGUUUUGCGGUGGAACGACUGCGGGUUGCGCCGCCCUGUGUUGCUGCGGCCCCUGCGGCGUCGUGAAACUCGUCGUCCUCGCCGUUUACAAGCUCCCUCGCGGAAUCUGCCGCCGCGCAAUCCGGCGUCUGCAACGGAGGCGACUAGCGAAGAAAGCGGCGUUGGAGAAUAGAGAUUUGGAGAAGAAGCUGAGCAAAGUUGGGAGUUCGCAAUUCGCUGUACAUCCGUUAGAGAGCAAAGACGAUGACGACAUCGAUCAAUCAUUGUUGGAAGAAGAAGAAGACGAGGCAGUGAUUGCAUUGGAGAAAGAGAUGUGGAGCAGAUUUUACGGCGGAGGUUUCUGGCGAAGCCUUUCACAAGCUGAAACGGCGUCGUCUCAGAAAACCGAUUAG